AUGGCUCAGUUAGAUUUAGCAACAAUUGUCGAUUGUCAGACAAUCUGGCUUGAUCAAUACAUCGGUGAAUCUGGGAACAACGAAGAUAUCAAGAAUAAAUUUAGAUUAAUCAUGAGUACGCUAAUUACAUUUACCAAUGUUGAGGAAUGUUUGCAAUUUAUUCGGUCAAAUAACCAGAAAAAACUAUUCAUUAUUACAUCAGGAACGCUAGGACGUCAAAUUGUACCAAUUAUUAACGAUUUACCACAAUUAAAUUCAGUUUACAUUUAUUGUAGUGAUGUAGCAAGAAAUACCAGCUGGGCGAUUAAAUAUCCAAAAAUAAAAGAUAUAUGUGAUGCUGAAGAUGAACUAUUAAAUCGUUUUACUAAUGACAUAGCUCAGUAUAUAAUGACUCAAGGUGACCAUUAUACGAAAAUAUAUGACACUGUUAAAGCAAAAUUUUGUUAUUCUUAUGCAAACGAAUUAUUUACACGUGUUCGAAGUUAA